AGAGCGGAUACAAAAGGUUUCAGUUUGUUGUGCUCAUCAUUUGUAGAAGGAACCUGCAACCAGGUUUAAGUCUGUCUGUAAGCCACCAAGUUAUCAGUGAUCUCAUCAUCUGGUGCUACUUCCUGUCUCUGUUGUCAUGGUGACUCUAGGAGGCCCAGAGGACUGAAUAUAGGGCUAAUGAAGAAAACUUCAAAGUACAUGCAACCUACCACCCAACAGUGUCCAUAAACAAAUAAAUAUAUAACGAUAAGAGAGACACAGCCAAGCAUGGAGGAGGAGGAGGAUGGGGUGAAUGGCUUUGGACGGAGCCCAGAGAGGAGGGGCUCUGACUGGGGUCGCAUUGCCCUGCUGGACAAGACCAAGGAGUUCUUCCAGACGUGUGAUGUGGAGGGAAAAGGCUUCAUCACUCGCACAGAUAUGAGGAGGCUCCACAGAGAGCUGCCUCUGUCCGCAGAGGAGCUGGAAGACGUGUUUGACUCUCUGGAUACAGACCACACGGGUUACCUCACACUGGAGGCAUUCACCUCUGGAUUCAGUCAGUUCUUGCAUGGUCGAAGGAUCUCUGUGACUGAUGACCAAAAUCAGGCCCCUGGCCCAGUCUUCAGGGCUAAGGAAGCCCUUUAUCAGAGCCAAUGGGAAGCCAAGCUGUCAGGAGUUGAGGAUGAGGAGGAGAGGCACUUCUGCAUGCUGCUGGAAAGCCUGGGAGCCAGUAAUGUAUUUGAAGAUCCAGACGAGGCGCGCAGCCUUUGGAUCCAGCUCAGACGUGAUGAGCCUCACCUCUUGUCCAAUUUUGAGGAAUUUCUGGCCAGGGUCACCCACCAAAUCAAGGAAGCUCAUCAGGAAAAGAAGGAGAUGGAGAGCGCCCUCCAGAGGAAGGCAGCAACACAUGACAGUGAGAUCCGGUAUUUAUAUGAAGAGAUGGAGGCACAGAUCAAAAAUGAGAAAGAACGGCUGCUGCUAAAGGACUCUGAGCGGCUUCAGUUGCGCAGCCAGGACCUGGAGCACCAGCUUCUUACGAAGGAGAGAGAUUUGGAGCAGCUUUUCCAGAAGCAGAAACGGUUAGAGCACCAAUGCUCUGAGCUGAGCAGUGAGAAGCAGGAGAGCCACGUAGAGAACGUCAAACUGAAAAUGACCAACAAUGAGUUGUCCAGAGCGCUGGAGAGCACCAGCCAGGAGCUGGUGCUGGCCCAGGAACAGCUGGCUAUGCUGCAGGAACAGGCCUCCCGGCUACAACGGGAGAAAGAAAUGGAUAUGUACCGAGUAACUGAAGGACUGCAGAGGGAAAAGCAAAGUCUAAUGAAGCAGCUUGACCUCCUCAGAGAGAUGAACAAGCAUUUAAAGGAUGAGCGAGACUUGUGCUGUGGUGUACCUCGAACCUCACUCAGAAAGAAGCAGAAGCAGAGAGCGGGCCUCGGCAAUAUAUUUGAUGACAGCAGCCAGCCGGCAAAAAGUGAAGAUGACACCACCACUGCCACCCCUGCUCCCUCCACCACAGCUGCUAGCAGCCCUGUGUGCCAACAAAGGCCUUCAGCGAAUAGGAACUCUGGCUUAGCCAACGGUCACAUCAGCCCCGCUCUGCCUAAAGUGCACGACGUGAAGACAAAGGCCAAAAGGCUGUCCACCAAAAUGGCCACCAGCAAGAGGGUGUUAGGGAGAAGCAGAGACAAAUCAAAGAAAGUCGAAAUUGAUAAGAAGGUGGCAGAAGAGGAGGAGGUGUUAGAUGCCCCGCCGGACGGGUGGCCCCUCCGCAGAGUCAUCUCCAUAGAAGAGGACCACCUGCCCCACCUGCUCCAAGGAGAACCUCAGCCCUUACUGCACCAGCUCAGCGAGGAGGAAGACGAGAGGGAUGAGGAGGAAGAAGACGACAGAAGGAGCGACCUCAGUGCUUCCCCACGUUACAUCUCAGUGUCAAAAGAAGCUCCUCCUGCAAGGAAAUCCUACUUUACUCAAUCGAAGAAGACCCCACCUGUAUCUCCAAGAGGACAGCCUGUGGGAAAGGAAACCUCACAGAAGGCGAAAGAACUGUUUGCCCCAGACCGCCUGUUUAAAGUGGUCCUGGUUGGAAAUUCCAGCGUUGGGAAAACAUCCCUGCUGCGCUCCUUCUGUGAGGGCCGUUUCCACCCUUCCACAACUGCUACUGUGGGUAUUGACUACAGUGUGAAGACAUUAACAUUGGACAAUAUGCAGGUAGCCAUGCAGCUUUGGGACACUGCAGGCCAAGAGAGGUACCGCAGCAUAACCAAGCAGUUCUUUCGCAAGGCAGAUGGUGUGGUGGUGAUGUAUGAUGUUACAGUGGAGGAGAGCUUCAAGGCUAUGCGGCCCUGGCUCACAAAUGUUCAGGAAGCAGCAGGAGAAGGGAUCCCUAUUCUCUUGCUAGGUAACAAAAUGGACAUGGACGAAGACAGGGAGGUGUCAUUUAAAGAAGCUGAGCAACUUGCUUAUGAAAACAAGGUGAUGUUCUUUGAGGUCAGUGCCUACACGGGAAAGAAUGUGACAGAGUCCCUGACUCACCUGGCCAGAGUGUUAAUGGAGCAGGAGGACAGGGUGAGAGAUACAACAGUCAUACUCAGCACUCAGCCUGUGAAGAAGAAAGCCUGCUGCAAGUGAAGACUCAAGCUAACACAAAGAAAACCUAAAACCAUAGGAAAAAAUUUUU